GAGCGGAGCGGAUCGGCGCGGUCGGCGCGAACAUGGCGACGGUGCCCGUCUAUUGCAUCUGCCGGCUGCCCUACGACGUGACCCGCUUCAUGAUCGAGUGCGACGCCUGCAAGGACUGGUUCCACGGCAGCUGUGUUGGUGUGGAAGAAGAAGAGGCACCAGACAUUGACAUCUAUCAUUGUCCAAAUUGUGAGAAAACCCACGGAAAGUCGACCUUGAAAAAGAAGAGAAAUUGGCAUAAGCAUGACACGGGCCAGCCAACGGAGGUGAAGCCUGUGCAGAACGGGAGCCAGGUGUUCAUCAAGGAGCUGCGCAGCCGGACAUUCCCCAGUGCUGAGGACAUAGUGGUGAAGGUGCCGGGCAGCCAGCUGACAGCAGAGUAUCUGGAGGAGAAGGGCUUUGCUGAGCCCAUCCUGGUGCCCAAGAAGGACGGGCUGGGCCUGGCUGUGCCUGCCCCCACCUUCUACGUCAGCGACGUCGAGAACUACGUUGGGCCGGAGCGGAGCGUCGAUGUCACUGAUGUCACCAAGCAGAAGGAUUGCAAGAUGAAGCUCAAGGAAUUUGUGGAUUAUUACUACAGCACAAACAGGAAAAGAGUCUUAAAUGUCACAAACCUGGAGUUCUCUGACACCAGGAUGUCCAGCUUUGUAGAGCCUCCUGAUAUCGUGAAGAAGCUGUCCUGGGUGGAAAAUUACUGGCCUGACGAUGCUCUGCUGGCCAAACCCAAAGUGACCAAGUACUGCCUGAUCUGCGUGAAGGACAGCUACACCGACUUCCACAUAGACUCUGGGGGGGCCUCUGCCUGGUACCACGUGCUGAAGGGAGAAAAGAUCUUUUAUCUCAUCAAACCAGCCUCUGCAAAUAUUUCUCUCUAUGAACGCUGGCAGUCAGCAGCAAAUCACAGUGAGAUGUUUUUUGCAGACCAAGUAGAUAAAUGUUACAAAUGCACUGUUAAACAAGGCCAGACACUCUUCAUCCCAUCAGGCUGGAUUUAUGCAACUCUAACACCAGUAGACUGCCUGGCCUUUGCAGGACAUUUUCUACACAGUCUAAGCGUGGAAAUGCAGAUGAGGGCCUAUGAAGUGGAAAGGCGACUGAAAAUCGUCAGUCUGACCCAGUUCCCCAACUUUGAAACGGCCUGUUGGUACAUGGGGAAGCAUCUGCUAGAGAAAUUCAAAGGUUUGCAUAAAGCUGGACAACAACCUCCUGCUCAUCUCCUUCAGGGAGCAAAGAUUCUCAAUGGUGCUUUCAGGUCGUGGACUAAAAAACAGGCUUUAGCAGAGCAUGAAGAUGAACUACCAGAAAACUUCAAACCAGCACAACUCAUCAAGGACCUUGCCAAAGAAAUACGAUUAAGUGAGAACGCUUCAAAGGCCAGCAAAGCAGACACGAGUGCCAACCCCCCGGCCGAGGAGAUCUGUCCUGUGCACAAGGAGGAGGCUCCGUCGCCCAUCCAAGCCGCCCCUCCAGCCCCAACUCUAGAAAAGCUUCCUAAAAAAAAGACUCCCAAAACUGUGAAAACCCCCAAACAACUGAAGCCAUCCAAGCCCCCGAAGCCUCCCAAACCCCCCAAACCUCCCAAAACACCGAAAGUGAAGGGAGAAGGCAAAAAGAAAGGAAAGAAGGCGAAGGAGAGCCCACCACCAGCCAUCCCCAACCUCGACCUGCUGGAGGCACACACCAAGGAGGCUCUGACCAAGAUCGAGACGCCAAAGAAGGGCAAGGCUGCAAAGAAUGUUUUAAGUGUUCCCAAUAAGGAAUCUGUGAGCAAGCAGAAUGAGGUGGAGAAAUUUGAAGUUCGAGAGCAAAAUAAAAGCAAAACAGAAGCCAAAUGGAAAUACAAGAACAGCAAACCUGAUUCACUUCUAAAAAUGGAAGAGGAACACAAAUCGGAAAAGACGCCUUUGUCAGGAAAUAAAGACAACAAAUUCACAUUCUCUUUCUCUAAUAAGAAGUUGCUUGGUUCAAAGGGAGUCAAAACUCAUCUGAAUACCAGCGUGUUUGGGUCACUGCAGAAUUUUAAAGAGGACAAAGCCAAACCUGUACGGGAUGAAUAUGAAUAUGUGUCAGAUGAUGGUGAACUAAAAAUUGAUGAAUUUCCAAUCAGAAGAAAGAAAAACACUGCAAAAAGAGAACUGCCCUUUUUAUCAGAUAAAAAGGAAGCCCUGCAUCACACUCCUGUCAAGAAGCCAAAGGUGGAGUCGGUACCAUACAAGAGCGAGGAGUCAUCAGAUGAAGAUUUGCUUCACAUUGACACAGAAGCAAAGCCAGGACGCAAUUCCAAAGUAAAGAAAGAGAGUGGAAGUUCAGCAGGAAUUCUUGACCUUUUGCAGGCAAGCAAGGAAGUUGGGGGUUUAGAGUAUAACACCAACAGCCAGCCGCCUGCCUCCCCCAGCACGCAGGAAGCCAUCCAGGGCAUGCUCUCCAUGGCAAACCUCCAGGCCUCGGAGUCCUGCCUGCAGACGUCGUGGGGCACCCAUCAGGCGAAGAACAACUCCCUCUCCACACAAAACUUGAAGAAAACUGGUGGUGGUGGCAGCAAAACCGCUGGGAAGCGGCUGCUGAAGAAGAGCACAAAGAACAGCAUCGACAUCGAGGACUACGACGAGGACCAGGACCACUUGGAUGCCUGUUUUAAGGACUCGGAUUAUGUUUACCCUUCUCUCGAAUCAGAUGAAGAUAAUCCAGUAUUCAAGUCCCGAUCAAAGAAAAGGAAAAGUUCAGAUGAUGCCCCUUACAGUCCCACGGCACGGGUUGGCCCCUCGGUGCCCCGGCAGGACAGACCGGUGCGAGAAGGCACGAGAGUGGCCUCCAUCGAGACGGGACUCGCCGCCGCCGCCGCCAAGCUGUCGCAGCAGGAGGAACAAAAAGGCAAGAAGAAAAAAAAUACCAAAAAGAAGCUGUCAGCCCCCAACGCAAGCAAAGCGGCUCAGGAAGGCAGCUCCCCCGAGCCGAAGCUGGAGUCACAGGCCAGCAGCCUCACAGAUCACGAGUACACCGCAGGGGCCAGCACCUUUGGGGUCGCCCAGCCUAACAGGGGAUCGCAGCCGAUGGCACCCGGUGUUUUCCUCACACAGAGGAGACCCUCAUCAUCCUCGCAGAACAAUGCCUCCGCCAAAGGGAAGCGUACGAAGAAGGGGAUGGCCACGGCCAAGCAGCGGCUCGGCAAGAUCCUGAAGAUCCACCGGAACGGGAAGCUGCUGCUCUAGUGGCCCCGGGGACACUGCCACCCAGUUCUGGGCCACCACCACAAGAAUCCCUUUAACUUUCAGCGGUCAAACUGUACAGAAUCCUGCUAUAAAUAUUUUUUAAUAUAGAUGUCCUUUCUCAGAGUGCUGAGAGCGACUAGCCGCAAAAAGUUAAUACUAAUCUCGGCCACGGAGGAGCGCGCCGGGCCCCGCCCCGGCCCCG